GAGGUUGUCACGUGGGUUAGAGGGGCGGGGUAAAGCGGGCUGUAGCCGGAGGGGAGGGGUCGGAGGCUGCGAGUCACGGGGGCUGAGGGGGGUCACGUGGCCGGAGAAGGGCUAGCGGUGGGCUUGGGGGCGGAAGGUCAACCUGAGGUGGGAGAGGGAAGAAAGCUUUGUCCCUGGCUUCAACUCUGUUAGGGAAAUGGAAAGGAAAAAUGAUGAAUGGAGGGUGUGAGUGCCGGGCCGGAAAAUGUGAAUGAGUCUCCCUAGCUCCCUCCAGCAUGAAGCCACCCAGUCACUGAAUUCCAAAAUGCACGGGAACCUGGGCAUUUCAUUUAAUUCACGUAGUCCCAUCCCUACUCCCUGCUGUCACAAACAUGACUCAGAUCUGAUGGAGGGGUGAUUGUCCUCCACUUUUUGCCCGCACUUUAUGUGGAAGGGCCCCCGCCCUAGAAAUGGCUGAAAGGGUAAAAGAAUAGUUGAGGCAUUGUGACGCCAGGAUAACUCCUUACAUCUGGCGUUUUGGAAACCGCGUCGUCAUUCGCAAAUUUCCUGGCCAGUUCUGUCUGGGCCAUACCAUGAUCACGUUCCAACGCCUCCUAACUUAAACAAAAACAAACAAAACAAAAAACAACUUGCCUGUGAGCCCCUGCCUAACGCUCAUCUGUAUUUCAAUUCAUGAUUUAAGUACAGCCUAAAUUAAACUCCCUACUAGUACAUGGAAAGUGCUCCUCUUAAGGUUACCGGUGACAUCCAUGCAACCAAGUUCAAAGUCACUUUUAAGUUCUUAUUUGAUCUCUCCUGCAGGAAACUGGAUGGACUAUACAUCCCUCUUUAAGCUUUUUUUCCUCCACAGGGCACCCCUCUCCCCAGUUUGCCUGACACUAUAAACACUCAAAAGAUUAUUAAUCUUACUAAAUCUGUUAUCUGUCGGCUAGUUAAGAGAGUCCCAAGAGCUGAUUUUCAGUCCUCACCUCAGUAGGUGCGUAGACAUUCUACCGCACACUUGGUGACCUAACCACUUUGGUGGUUGAGUGUACCUUUAAUGACGCCCAGAUAAGUGUUUUUGGACAUCUCCACUUGAACCUUAUUAUGACCUAUCUAAAUCAGAACUCAAAUACCCUCAGAAGUGCUCCAUUUCCUCUGCUCCUUAUCUUUUUGAUAAUGUCCCCAUCCACUCCAACAAAUCCAGAACCAAGCACCUGGGUGCAAUCCUCCGUGCUUCUCCCUCACUGCUGUCCGGGCUUCCAUGAUGCUGUGCCCCGUGAGUGGCAGUAGUUGCUUCGUAAACACUAUUUUACUUGAGAGUGCCAAGUGCAUAUUUUGAACUUCUCGAGCGCAAAAACCAGUAUCUGGCCAUCCACCAGAUGCAGUGCCUAUCUAGGCCUACUCCUUGCCUAGACUGGUUUAUGGCAGAAGUUGUCAUUUUUGAUGAGAAGAUGGAGGUCCAAAGUAUUGAAGAGAAAUGGCCAUUGUCACAAACCUGACAUGCAGAGAACCUGAGAUGAAAAAUCCAGAGGUCCCUGUCAAUUUUGCAGAAUUUUCCAAGAUGUGCUCUAAGAGGUGGAAGACUAUGUCUGGGAAAGAGAAGUCUAAAUUUGAUGAAAUGGCAAAGGCAGAUAAAGUGCGUUAUGAUUGGGAAAUGAAGGAUUAUGGACCAGCUAAGGGCAGCAAGGAGGAGGACCCUAAUAUCCCCAAAAGGCUACUAUCUGGAUUCUUCCUGUUCUGUUCAGAAUUCUGCCCCAAGAUCAAAUCUACAAACCCUGGUAUCUCUAAUGGAGAUGUGGCAAAGCUGGGUGAGAUGUGGAAUAACUUAAGUGACACUGAAAAGCAACCUUACAACGGUAAGGCAGAGAAGCUUAAGAAGUAUGAGAAGGAUGUCGCUGACUGUAAGUCUAAAGGAAAGCUUGACGGUGCAAAGAUCCCAACACCCAACAAAGUUGCCCAGAAGGAAGUAGAAGAGGAAGAUGAAGAAGACAAGGAGGAUCAAGAGGAGAAGAUGGAGGAGGGGAGGAGGAGGAGGAGGAAUAAAAAAACCGUUGAUCUGUUAAAAAAAAAAAAGAAAAGGAAAGAAAGAAAUGUAGUAUCUAUACCAUGUACAUCAUCAUGUUAUCUGUCCUACAUGUUUCAUAGAGAUAUGUAUUCAUACAUACUGCGCUUGGCAACAGGAAAUACGUUUUUGGUUUCCCGUAGUAGGCUGCAAGUUUCGAAAGCAGAAGUCUUAAACCUCUAA